AUGAAGACUGAAUGGAUUCCCUUGUCUCUGUGGCUCCUCAUCUUUUCCAUGCACCUCCGCACACUUUCAUGUAACUUAAUUCCUGCACACCUCAGAAAAGGCCUAUGUGAAAGUGGACAUCUUGGAACAUACUGCAACUACCCUGCAAAGAAGGGGACCUGCCACUUGAAUCUUUUGAGAUACUACUACAACACUCUGACAUUUUUAUGUCAACCCUUCAUCUUCUCUGGUUGUGGAGGCAACAGAAAUAACUUUAAACAGAAAUUUAUCUGUGAACACUUUUGUUUGCCUGAAGGGUAA